AUGCCGACCCGCCUUUCCUUGCCAGAUACUCCGGUCGACGGAGUAUUGCUUCACGAGGCGCCUCCGGACAUCGCAGCUCUCUCCAAGAUGAGGCAUCGUGGAAUCAAGAAUCACGUCAGGGAACUUGAUCCCGGGUGUCGGGAAGAUGGGCCUCGCCCUCCCGGUCGGCCGCAUGUGGAGGACGGGCCGCACGCUGCGGGUCAAGAUCCUCAACGGGUCCGAGAAGAUUCAGAGCAAGGUGCCAACAUUAAGUUCGACUUUGUCGACCCGGGCGACACCGACAUUCGCGUCAACAUCGACUCGAGCGGCUCGUCCUGGUCGAAGCUGGGCACAGACUGCCUGUCCGUCCCGGCCGACCAGCCCACGAUGAACUUCGGCUGGCUGAAGGAUUCAACGCCCGAGCGCGAGUUCUCGCGUGUCAUUACCCACGAGUUCGGCCAUGCGCUGGGCUGCAUCCAUGAGCACCAGUCGCCAGCGACCCCUAUCCUCUGGAAUAAGAAGUUCACGUAUGAGUAUUAUCAGUCGACGCAGAACUGGACCAAGGAUGAGGUCGACACCAACCUCUUCGACCACUACGCCUCGACCACGACGCAGUUCUCAGCCUUUGACCCGAGCUCCAUCAUGGUAUACGCCAUCCCGUCUUCCAUGACCACCAACGGCUACUCGACGGCAGCGAACGACCACCCGUCCGAGACGGACAAGUCCUUCAUCGCGAACGCCUACCCGACCGAGGCGCGGGGCCUCUCCGCAUUAAUCACCAUGGAGGUGCGUGCUUGGGACGAGCCGGCCAAGACAGCCUCCAAGCGGCAGAUCUUCUCCCAGGAGCUCGACACCCCGCCCAAGCUGGCCGUGGGCCUCAACUGGCUCGACGUCGCCAACGCGACCAACAUCCGCGUCCACGCCUACGCCGGCAAGCUCAGCAAGGCGUCGGCCGACGUGCACAUCGACACCUGGCACGACACAACGCUGUACUCGGCCGGCUGCACGUGGUUUACGGCGUCGCAGUCGCGCGACCCGGACUUCCAGGUCGGCGAGUUCAGCACCCAGGACGACCACACAUGGGACAAGCCGCAGCCCAACACGUCGCGGCGCAUCAACUUUGAGCGGCCCUACCACGCGCCGCCCAAGGUGGUCGUCUGGCUCAACCAGCUCGACAUGGCGCACGACAAGAACUGGCGCGUCAAGGCGACGGCCACCGGCGUCGACGCCAAGGGCUUCACCCUCCACCUCGACACCUGGUCCAACACGACGCUCUACGCGGCCAAGGCGGCUUGGAUCGCCUGGCCGACAAGGCCGGCGUGGCCAGCGCUGGAGAACGCCGGCAAGGCGAGCUUCCCGGCCGGCGCGUUCCGGGACACCCCCAAGGUGCUGAUCGCGCUGAACAGCCUGGACAUCGACUGCGGCAAAAACCUGCGGCUGAAGCUCAGUGCCAACUCGGUGUCCAAGGACGGCAUGACCUGA